GACAAAAUUUCUCUCUCAAUUUUCAUUCAUGGAUUCUUCAUUCUUUGAAUCCCCUUAUGCUCAAUUCUCUCCUGAUCAAUCUUCUUCUUCUUAUUCUACCACAACUAAUUCCCUUGACUCUUCUUUCUCGUCAAACACUUUCAACAAUAACUUCCAUAACCAACACCUUCCCUUCAAUGAAAAUGACUCCCAAGAGAUGCUCCUCCUAGGACUUCUCAAUGAAUUCCCCACAAAUUCUUUCAAUGACGAAGUAAGUUCGAGAGCUGAAGCUGACGAAGGGGAGCCUAUGAGAGAAGUUUCUUACCGAGGAGUAAGGAAGCGACCAUGGGGAAAAUAUGCAGCCGAGAUUAGAGACUCGACCAGAAAUGGCGUACGGGUUUGGAUUGGAACCUUCGACACUGCUGAGGCUGCAGCUUUAGCUUAUGAUCAAGCUGCAUUUGCGAUGAGAGGUUCAAUGGCGAUACUCAAUUUUCCUGCGCAGAAAGUUUAUGAAUCACUUGUGGAAAUGAAGUGCAACUUUGAAGAGGGAAGUUCGCCUGUACUGGCAUUGAAAAAGAGGCACUCAAUGAAGAAGAAAGGUGAGAGUAAGAAGAAGAUUAAAGAGAAAGAGAAGAAGUUAGAGAAUUUUGUGGUGUUGGAAGACUUGGGAGCUGAGUACUUAGAUGAAUUAUUAAGUUUAUCAGAAGCUAGCUCCGGCUGCAACUUUAAUUAAAAUCAUUAACUCUUUUUUUAUCUUUCAGCGAUUGAUCUGGCUGAAUAAUUUUGAGGCUCUAAUUGUCUAGUUUUCUUGUUAGAUAAUUAAUUUCUUUUAGUUUGUAAAUUUGUUGAGAGAUAAUGAAUGAGGGAUCCAAGUUUCAAUUAUUUAGUGGGGUUCACA